AUGAUGUCAGGAAUUGCAUGCUUAAACGCUUAUGUCGAUUUUGCUAUAUUUUUAUUAUCUCACGUGCGUGUUCAUGAUCUUGCCCCUAAAGUUGACGGUCAGGCCGAGCCAGAGACCUCUGAGAAUCAAACUGUAUACCAAGUCACACAUCUUGAAGUGUUCAAGUUGCCUGAAGAAUUUGAUGAAAAUGAAAUGCCAACUGCUGUGUACACUCUCGCAGACUCAGCUUCUUGUGGGAUUGAGCUUCGCAAGGGAAAAGAUUAUCUCUUGUCAGGUAAGGUCAGAAAGGGUAAGCUAACAGCAACAACUUGUGAUCAGCUUUGGGAACCGGAUUUUAUAGGUGAUGUUAUGGAGUGGUCGGACGUUUCUACUAAGUUGAAAAGAGAGUUACAAAAUAAGUACUCUGAAGCAUAUUAUGACUCAUAA